ACGAAAUCCACCAAUCAAGGUAGGGUGACAAUAUUUAAACGUGCAGCGAGGCCAACUGCUGUAUACUGCGUACCACUGGCACAAACUGUACAACUAGUAUUUAUCUGGAUUAUUCGGUUCAGGUUCAGUUGCAAAACAGAUCUGCCAUUGAGUUUAUUUCGUACAUCAAUAUGGAGAGCCCAUUGCCACAAAUAAUGGAGAGUGCUGAUUCGGAAUACAGACAGCCUAAAGACAGGUUAGUCAGCAUACUUGAUCAAAUGGAACUCAGAGUUGAACAAUUGAGACGUGACGCUAUAAAGCUGGAGGAGGAAAAGGAUACCAUGCUAACAACACUCGAUACCCUAAAAAAUAAUGAAGUACUGGGAUUCCUACAAGAGCCUGAUAAAGACGAUGUUUUGCGGUAUGCCGAUCGACUUACUUCAAGAUGUCUCACUAUCGACGUAAUGGUGAAAGUACAACGUGAUUCGAUUCAAGAAGAUGCCCUGCAUCAGGUCAAUGGGCUAAUUGACAGUUUAGUGAUGAAUUUGAAAACUGAUUUAACAUCGACCCGUCAGCGUUGUACUGCAUUUAUGAACGCCUGCUCCUCCCAAUCCAAUGGCCACUCAGACAAGAUCUUCGAGUCUGUUAUCCUUGGGUGCACCCUGGAUGACCAAAAGCGCGUUAAAAAGAGGCUUCAAGGAUUACUCGAUUACAUCGACAAAAUGAACACAAUUGAAAUGCAAUGAGAAUCAAUGCUCUCCUCCAUCGAUGAUUGUGCCUGGCGCAUACAGAACACAUGCAAUGCAUUCGAUAGUUUGAAAUAACUGAAACUACUAGACCGGUACUGCAGUUUAAUCAAAUGAUUACGAUCAUUUCGAUAUCUCAAAAGUAAGCAGAAUUUUUUAAAUACCCACGAUGUAUGCACACCAGGCAUACGGGUUAGUCCUUCGAACGAGACUCGGCAUUUUGAGAUGAUAAGGAGAAAUCCCGUUGAAAAUGAUUAUUACUAGAUUAUGAGUAACAUCAAUGUGCGUGCUUGUCUUUUUGAAAUUUCAUUUAGUUUUCCAUUAAUACCCAUGUAAAGCUAAUUAUAGGAAUUCAGUGAAAAAAGCUUCGCCUAGUGACAUACGCAUAAUACAUUAAAAUAAGCUAUUAAUGUAGGCGCAGCUAUAAAUUAAGGAUUGAGUCCACAACUUUUCAGAAUUUCUUUCUUAGCCCUUUCAUGAUUAAAUGCCCACAGCUCAUUAUCUUUCUAAUAUUUCUCCCUGAUUAUAAAGGAAACAUUGCAAAUCCAAUUGUUAUUCCAUUUUCUUGUGAUAAGUUGAAAUAAAAAUUAAAACUAUGGAACACUAAUAACCCAAA